CAGUGCUGGCAGCCCCGCGCCCUCAGCUGGCCCCUGCCCACCCCGACCCCCCUCCGGACGGGCGUGGCCUCCCAGGCCAUGUGGCCCGGGUCCAGCGCUUUCGGUUCUCGGAGGAGCGGGGCCCGGGCGCCCAGGGGGCCGUGCUGGAGGUGCGGGUCCCGCAGGUCCUGCACCACCAGUAUGGAAUGUACGUCUGGCCCUGUGCGGUGGUCCUGGCCCAGUACCUGUGGUUUCACAGAAGGUCUCUCCCAGGCAAAGCUGUUCUAGAGAUAGGAGCUGGAGUGAGCCUCCCAGGAAUUCUGGCUGCAAAGUGUGGUGCUGAAGUGAUCUUGUCGGACAGCUGUGAGCUGCCACACUGUCUGGAAAUCUGUCAGCAAAGCUGCCACAUCAACCACGUGCCCCAGGUGCGGGUCAUAGGGCUAACAUGGGGUCACAUGUCCCAGGAGCUGCUGGCUCUCCCGCCACAAGACAUUCUUCUUGCCUCUGAUGUGUUCUUUGAACCAGAAGACUUUGAAGAUAUUUUAACUACAGUAUAUUUUUUGAUGCAGAAGAAUCCUAAGACACAGUUCUGGUCUACUUACCAAGUCAGGAGUGCUGACUGGUCGCUUGAGGCUCUGUUGUACAAAUGGGACAUGAAAUGUGUUCACAUUCCUCUAGAAUCUUUUGAUGCAGACAGAGAAGACAUAGCGGACUCCCUCCUUCCGGGAAGACAUACGAUUGAAAUGAUGGUCAUUUCUGCAGCAGGAGAGCCUGUCCAUUGUACCUAAUAAGGAGCACCUGGGACUGGCAGUGAGCAGGGCAAGCGCUCUACUUCCACUUUGUUUCCUGAUCACAGUGGGAAGUUUCAUACCCCUAGAUUUUCAAAGCCACAUAACAAGAUUAAACAAGU